AAGCCAAACUUUUGUAUUUCGUUUAUUUUGCAGACAAACAAGACUUCGGAUAGCAUCAUGGUUACUACACAAACCGAAAUGAUGCGAUAGAAUCAUAUAAUUUGCAUGAUGGCUUCCAAUGGAGGAUUUCACCUUCCAGCUUUUGAAGAAAUUAUUAAAAGGGGUUCUGCAAGUGAACCAAAAAAUAACCGACCUGUCCCUAAAGUACGUAACAAUAAUCUGACUGGAGAAAUGAGUCUGAAUAGUGCCGUCAAAGCUGCUAACAAUAAAAGAAAUACAUACUAUGAUGCUCUUUCUGCAAGCGAGCCAAGAAAAAGAUCUAAUAAAAAAAAGAAGACUACUGCUUUGGAUGAAAGUGAAUUUAGCUCUGAAGGCUCACCAAGUCAAGCACGACGUAGGACCCCAAUGACUAUGCCAAGAACAAAAGUAACUGCAGCAACUCCUCUGGAACAGAAAAUUGCUUUAAAGAAGCUUAAACAGAAGUUGACCUUUGAAAAACAGGAGGCCAAAAUAAAUGGUGAUGAUAUUGAGCAAAUUAAUCCAUCUUUAUUAAAUGGAUUUGCUUCCUUGGAUGAGGUUAGUGUGUCAAGUGUAUCAGAGCAUCCAGCCAGUGAACUGUCUGAGUUUGAUGAUGAUAAAAUUAAAAGCCGUCUCAACCAAGUACAGGAAUAUUUAAAACAAGCAACCUCCAUGUAUGUGAGUCUCUCCAUGGAUGAGUCAACUGAGCCAAAGAGAACGGAUCAAAUGAAUAAACUUGCAAAAUUAAUCCAACAACUUCGAGUUCAAGAACAAGGAUACUUAGACCUUUUGGAAAAAUCAAUGAAUAUGGAUGAUACACAUUCCAAUGCAGAAACAUUUUCUGUAUUAAGUGCAGAUCAACAAUCUGUUCAAUCUGCAAGUAUUGGGCAGAAUUUGCAGUCUGAUGUGAAAAGUCAACAACAAGAACUGGAAAGGCUUCGGGAACAACAGUCCCUGUUAAAGAAGAUUGUUCAGCAACAAAAAGAGCUUAAAGAGCUAAAGGAAAAACAAACAUCACUGUUAAGGAUGCAAGAAAAUGCAGAAAACAUGAUGAAGGAGAAACACCAGUUGAACUAUGUGCCAAACAAUCAAAGAGAAGGACAGCCAGAGGAGCGGAAGCCCAUAAAUAGCACACGGCAAUCUCAAAUGGCUGAUAGGGAUGCAGCUAUCAAUACAAAUAAUACUGCGGAAGAAAGCGAUGCUUUAAAAAGGGCACAAUUAGUAAGCAAGCUUCAAGCGUUACAGGAGAAAAAAGAACAAAUGGACGAGCUUAUGGUAACUUUAAAAGCAUUAAAAAAUGCACAAACAGCAGAAGAAAACAUGGUAGCACAACUUAACCAGGAUACUACCAAGGAAGCCGCAUCAGAAAUGCAGUCUGUUGACAACGAUAUCAAUGAUGAGGAUGAUGAAGAAAACAUGGACGUAGGUGAAAAAAUCAACAGAUUAAACGAUGUUCGAGAAAGAUUACACGAAUUACGAAGCAUUGUGGCUGAAUAUGAAUCAGGCAAUAUUCAAAGUUCAGCUCAUGCAACUGAUGCAAGCCGUGACAACCGACUUCAUGCACAAGCUAUACGACAAAAACAAGGAAACACUAUAACAGGAAAGGGUGGGGCAAGGGUUCGCAUACCUAAUCAGGAUUUUUUGUUGAAUGACUUGCAAAAUCUCCAGAAUGGAAUAGAGGAAUUAAUGGAUAAUCGUUGUCGUCCAGCACCUUCUGUACAGCGAAAAAUAGACGUAACUAGAAACCAACCAUCAAAGAUAAAAACUAAAAAUACAAAUCGAGAGAAAAAGCAGCAAAGAACAAAUAAAAAUACAUCAAAUGAGUUGUCUGCAGACUAUGCAAACAAAAUGAGGCAACUGCAGCUUGCAAGAAAUCGUAUUGCAGAUGAAAGCAGUUACCUUAAUUCUGAUAAAGAUUCUGCUAGCAUCAGAAGUGCUACAACACAAACAGAAGAUUCAGAAUCAGGAAAAGAUUCAGACGUAGAAAGCGAGGCGAGUUCCAUGCUGCAAUGGCAAGACGAUCCAGAAUUUAGAACUAAAGUCAAGAAACUUCAAAUGGCAAGAGAAAAGCUUCAUCAACUACAGGAACUUGUUAAAGUUGUUCAAGAAGGCGGAGCACAAUUGCCAAUAGAUGAUCUAAUUGACCUCACGCUUAGCAUAAGCGAUGAAGAGAAUGAAACAUCUGCUUGUGGAGAAAGUGAAGAAGAGGAUGAAGGUGAAGAUGAAGAGGAAACUGGAGAAGAAGAACAAUCAGAUGACGAAGAUGCAGAUGGAGAACAAACAGAGAAUGACAACCAAGAUGGAGAGAGUGUUGGGAGUAAAAGUACCGACAUGAAUUACAAUUUUGCUCCUGAAAACGGUUUGUCUGACAAUGAGCGACGAUAUCAAGGUCUCCUGAGAAAACAAAGAUUGGAAUUGAAUUACCUUCUCAAGGAAAGAGAGAGGUUACUUGAGGCUCAGCAAAAAUUGUCCAGUCUAGCAACCUCGGCCGUGUCUGCACAUACCCAAACGAAUACUACAAGUGUUGCUUCAUUAAAGAAUGUGAACACCACAUCUGGAAGUCAGAAAACGUUUCCCACUCUCACACAGGCAGAAUUGAACAAACAAGACAGGUAUAAAGAGAGACCAAGGAAAAGUCUGUUUGCAAAAUUAGAUGGUAUGUCUGUGGAACCACAUUAUGGUUCUGAACACGAAAUAUUUCCACCAAGUGUUAAAAGUGACAAAGAAUCUAUGACCGGGCCUUUAGCAAAUGCUAUGGCAGUUAGUGAGAUUCGUAGACAGAGGGAUCUGUUUGAACAAAAGAAAAAACAAAAGUUUGUGGAGAAGCAACAAAGAAAGAGAAAGAAUCGCUCAGAUGAGAAUCAGUCUGAUGACAGAGCAACUUAUUCUGUGCAUAGUGAUAUUGAUGAAGGAGUUGGUGUGAGUAUGUACAGUGCAGAUGUAACAACUGCUGCAACGUGGGGUGGUUCCACCGAACAAAGUUCAAGUGAAGAAGAUUCUGCUGUUGGUGAAGAAUUUCCUGAUAAUAAUAAUGCGGAAGAUGGUGAUGAAUACGGAAGCCAGUUUGAUCAACCUGAGGAAGAAGAAGAGGAAGCUGAUGCCAGCAAUGUGCCACCUGUAUUUAAAGUAAAGAAGUAUGGCAACGAACAGCCGAGGCGGGGAAUCAGCUGGUUGAAUGAAACUACACCUAGCAAAAAAAGUUCAGCGGAUCUAUACAGAAAUAACGGGGGUUCAGUAAGCUGGUCAUUAGAUGUCUCUCCACCAAGAUCAAGAAGAAGACUUAGACAAGGGAAUCUAACUCCAGCUCACAAGCUUAUUCAUGAUAAUAAAAGAAAGCGACAGCGUAGUGCUCAGUUUGAAGGAGACGUGACUGAUGCUUCAGCUACAGUGUCACGACCUGAUGAACAACUGCAGUCGCAACUUGCGAGUAUGUGCACAUCUUUGCUGAGGAAUGAACAAACACUUUUAUCUAUGCUACAAAAUCAAUCUUCAGCAGGUUACGAAGCCUGUCCUAUAUCGCAAAAAGGUUCACAUGUUGGCAAUUUUCAAACUCUUCAUGAAAUUCGACAGUUUUUUGAGAGGUCUUCAUUGAAUCAGUCUUAUCAGCAAACCCUGGAUGCUUUAAAAACCUGCUAUGAUCGGGUCGAGCAGCACCAACUUGAUAUGGAGUAUCUAAAAAGACAGUUUGAAUCAUUGAGCCAGCCAUCAUACACAACAGCUACUGACUACAGAUCUCCAUGGCCAAAUCCACCCUCUUUACACCUUAGUUCAUUCGGUGGUGUGAAUAAUGAGAUAAAACCAGAUGAAAGCAAACAUGAAUUUGCAACAUCCAUCCCCAGUUGCUUGAAAUCCAUGUCUGCCUUUCCAAAGAGCACUCAAACAGAAACAACCCUUUUUGAGGAUCCGUUUAAACCUUCAAUCCAACCUUACACUCUGUUUGGCGAAACAUCGCUUGAUGCCGGAUUAUCGCCAAACCGGAAGGAGCAGGACGAUUUUAAAUUUGAACCAGUCCCAGACCCAGUUAGUCCCGGAACAAUUGGCGAGAGGAUUUUUCAGCAGUUCGAGGAUAAUGCUAACGAAGAAGAACCAAGUAUCCCGUUCCGUUUAAGGAUGUCUGAGUACAACCCAUUAUCGUAUCAAGGUGGUAAUUUUGCAGACACAGCAACAGGUAAUGUUGUUACCGUGUCUAAAUUGUCCUUGAAUAAGGAUCGUGCAGAAACCAUGGUUUCUGACCAUAAGGCUGACCAAAAUGAAAAGAGCAUAUGGCCAUCGUUUUUCAAGUUGGCUGAAGCUUCCAUUGCUGCUGAAAAUGUGUCUGAAAAUUCAUCAAAGUAUACAAGUAGUUUAGCUGGUCGCAGUGCUUCGAAUGAAUUGCCAAACAAAGCAACCAGUGUGGCGACCAAAGCGGAUGAUGAAAUGGGUGCGCGAUCUACAGAAAGUAACUUUUCAUUAUUUGAAGCCCUAAGGGAUUCUAUUUAUUCAGAAGUUGCCACAUUGAUAGCUAUGAAUGAAUCCCGCCCACAUUACCUUGUGGAACUGUUUCGAGAACUUCAAUUAUUAAAUUCCGACUAUCUGCGACAAAGAGCUUUGUAUUCACUGCAAGAGCUUGUUACCCGUUUUUUAACAGAUGAUAGUACAACUUCAUCUCCGAUGAAACCUGCUUUUAAGCAGGAAACUAUCCCAAGUUCUACAACGCAUGCGCCAUACGAACAAUGGGUAGCAUCGGCUUCGGAGCAGACACCAAGUGAAAGCGUGUUGACGACAGAUGAUGAGAGUGAAUCACAAGCAUUGCAAACAUUGGCGAGGCAGAUACAAAACAACGACAUGUACGAUUAUGCUGAGUUAGCUGAUACACAAUCAGAUACGAAUGUUUCCACGCCAGCAUCAACGUGUGAUAUCCCCUUUGCUGCAGAAGAUUUAGGAAAUACUGUUAUCAACUUAGAGGAAGCAUUGGAAAAAAUGAGGUUGUAUGAACAAAACAUGGCCAAAGUAAAGAAAGCAUUUGAACAAGACUCUGCAUCCCCAUCUACCGCUGCAUCUUCAAUCAACGACCGUCAAAACACAGUCAAUGCUGCAUAUGAAGCUGUCAAGCGGCGCGUUAAUGCUCGAUUAGAUACGACUAGUAAUAGUUCUGCUGCCGAUGUCACGAGUCUGGCCUCUUCUGAUAUGCCACAGCCUUCUGUUGACACGAAAAAGCUUGACAGACAGAUCAAAUCAGUAAUGAUGGAUCUGAUACCGUUUUUAAAUGACCACAUCGAAAGUAUCUGCGAUGAAGAGCUUUUAGAUGAAAUCAGACGUUCGAUUGUACAGUUUUCAAAGGGCAAAGAACAAUUUGAUGAAUCUUUUCAUAGGCAAUUGGAUUCGAUACUAAAGGAUUCCUUAAUGAAGUUUCAUUCAAGAAAGUUAAAAGAAUGUGGAGAGGAUAUAUUGAUCGAUGUAUCUGAGAUAUUGUUCAAUGAACUCGCAUUCUUUCGGCUAAUGCAAGAUCUUAACAGGCCGCUGUAUGAAGGUUUAUCCGCAGAAGACUUUAAAGCCAUGAACAACGAUAUUGGGCAACAUUUUCAAAUGGCACCAAUCAGUUCUCCUGGUGACGAUGGAAGUUCGGUUGCAGAGUCUGUAGACACGGUUGAAAACGAGACCCCCCAAACAUCCUCACAAUCAAGCAGCUUAUCCAACGCCUACGUGGUUAUUGAUCCUCUUGUCAUUACGGAUGAAGAAACUGAAUCAUCGAGACAAUUUGUCAACGUUGAGCUUUCUGUUAGUGAAUCACGUCCAGUACGCAGUUCUGGUAGUGGCGAGGAUGACAACGAAGAGGAGCCGUCUUUGUUUUCAAAAGCAUCCACGCCAGCUUCAUCAAUUAAUCUGUAUUCACAAGUGAUACAAGCGAAUGCCGCGAAUAAUGAACAGGGUGGUGUUUCACGAGGUCCUCAAGCUGAAGGGUUAAACAAUCAUAGCUCAGAACAAGUCAGUCAAUCAGCAGCAGGCAACGUAUCUGUGGAGAACGAGCAAGACUGUGCUGCCGAAGAUGAACGAGACGAGGGCGACCAGCUGGCAGAGGAAGACGAACGUAUUGAACACGAAAGGGAGGCAGUUGCUGAUGAGCCGGAAGGCCAGGAUGGUGUGGAAAGUGAAAGCGCUGAAGACGAAAGAAAUUUAGAAGAAGGUACAGAGGCGCCAGAGGCAGAAGAUAACGUUGAACAAGAUAGAGUAGAAUCACUUGACCAACAAAAUGAGACAGAAGAAGUCGCUGAGGAUGAUCUUCCUGAGGCUGACAUGGCAUCGGAGGAAAAUAAUGCUGCUGCCCAAGUUGUGUUGGAUCAUCUGGAGGGACAGCAAGAAUUGGCGGGAGAUCCACAAGCAUUACCUCAAGUCACAGAAUCUCCACCAUAACGAGUUGUCAUUCGAACGUUUACUUCUAAUCGAACGUGUAAAUCUGACUCGACUGCUUCUUGGUUGUACUGAUGACGUCACUGCAGCAUUCGUUUGUUGUUUGCUGUUGAACAGAAUUAUCUUUUCGUUUGUUUUCAAAAGUUCCUAAUAUAAUUUCUACUGUUUGAAAGCUCUUAUGUACGAAAUGAUUGUUGUAAAAAAGAAAACCACGAAA